GCCACAUAAAAUGUCAGCUGUCCGCGAGGAGCGAUUCAGCUAUUUUUUUUUUCUUUUUUCGCUCGAGUGAGGCGGGGAGCAUAUAAGUUUGUGUGUCUGAGUGAGAGGGAGACAGAGGGAGACAGAGGGAGAGAGGUUUAGCCUGGCUUUUCUCCGCUGUGCCUUUCAGCUCCUCUCUCACAGUAGAAAGAGGCGUGUCCAUGGACCAGUAUAAAGUCCAAGGAGAGCCACUCGUGUUGAGCCAUUCUCAGGAGAGGGUCCUUUGCUCUGCACACCGGCAAGAGGAGGAAACUGCAGCUGUUUUUAAAACACUGCCUUUUAAUGACCUGCUUUGCAUUCGGACACUUGUAGACCAGAUUUUUCCGGUGUUCCGGCGGAAGGUGGCGAGCCUCUGGACCCGAACCCCGAAGACAGAGCAAGGCUCACCUGAGCACACUGGUGGAUAUCCUUCCUGUUUGUUCCACCAUAAAAGAAACUAGUUCUUAUCACCACGGCAGUCGCCAGCUGAGCAGAUCAAGAGCAGGCUCCAAUUUCUGCACUCUGAAAUUUUAUCAGAGGGACGGAGAGAGGCAAUACAGCAGAGGCAUUGUGUCCCUGCAAAUGAAACACUAACCAGCUGAAAAUAUCAAAGACUGUCCCGGACAAAGCGCUCCUCUCAAACCUGCCUCGUUUGUGUAAAAGCUGCACUUGAAGCAGAGAGUGAUCAAAAGCUGCCACAACACUCAGAGAAGGGGGAACCACACACACGAGGGCAGAGGACUGUGUGCAGGUGCCGGGGCUGCCAUGGUGCGUGGAGGUGGUGUGGCAGUAGCCCCGUCCUGCUGGGGCCUGUGGAUGUUUGCCGCCCUGUCACUGGUGGCGCUGUGCUCGUCAGACCAGGCCAUUCGCUGCCCCGUGUGCUCCGAGGAGAGGCUGGCCAGCUGCCGCCUGCCGGAGGGCUGCGAGGAGACGGUGCGCGAGCCCGGCUGCGGAUGCUGCCCCACCUGCGCCCUCCCCAAAGGGGCGCACUGUGGCGUGUACUCGCCCCGGUGCGGCACGGGCCUGCGCUGCUACCCGCCGCGCGGCGUGGAGAGGCCGCUGCACUCGCUGAUGCACGGCCAGGGGGUCUGCACCGAUGAGAGGGAAGUGGAGGACAACUCAGCGAUGGACAGGCAGGAAGAGAUCACCCCCGAGCACCCGAACAACAGCAACAUCCGGUGCAGUCCACAGGACAAGCGCUGCAUUCAGAAGACACUGGCACGGCACCCCCCCAAAUCCACAAAUCAGAGGAGCAACACCGCCAGGGAGGACGCCAAGGCGAUGCUGGCUCCGUGUCGUGCUGAGCUACAAAGAGCUCUGGACAGAUUGGCGUCAAAUACCCGCACACAUGACGAUCUCUUCACAAUCCCCAUACCCAACUGUGACAAGAACGGAGAUUUCCACGCUAAACAGUGCCAUCCUGCACGUGACGGCCAGCGGGGAAAGUGCUGGUGCGUGGAUCAGAAGACGGGCAUGAGGCUGCCGGGGCCGCUGGAGCUGAGAGGGGACCUGGACUGUCACCAGUUAAUGACUGCUACCCUGAGGGAUUGAGGAGGGGGGAGUGGCAGCCGGGGUGCAGGACCAGUUGAUUCUACUGGUGCUUAUUAUUAGAACUACAUGACUAAAGGACUUCAUCCUUAAGCCUCACUCUACCUGAGGCCAACGGUACUUGAGCUUGUGCAACAAAAAGGAAACCAUUGAAUUGAGUUCUUUUGCUAUUUUGUUUCUGUGUGUGUGUGAGAGAGAGUCUGUUGAGCACUUGUUGUGUUUUGUUUCUACAUACCCAUAGUCUUUAGACACAUGAGCUUUAAAGUACCAGGUGGCAGAAAAAGAAACGCACAUCUACUGAUGACAGUUGUGACCUUUGUAAGAAUGCAUGUGUGUUUUUUUUUUUUUUUUUUUUUUUUUUUUAAACCAACUUCAGUGUAGUAUUCUCAUUCUCAAAUGCAAGUAGCCAAUAUUCACGCCUGGAAUCAAACAGGAACGGCAUCACGACAGUCCUGACUAUCUUAAGAGUCCGUUUAGUUCUUUUUGUGACCCCGCAGGUCUGUCAAAGAGGUGAAAGCAAAGCAUGAAAUGUUUGCUUUCCCUCAAAUGCGACACCUAGUUCAGUGAUGAGACGAGAGUAAAAAUAAAAGAUGGGCUGAGAAUGACACAGCCAAUGAAAAAGGAACCGUGGGUCACAAGGGAAUGCGGCAACCCCCUGUCUUGAGUUACCAAACGAUAAGCUGCAGCUUUUCACAACACGGUGACCAAAUUGAAAAGUGAGGUUAGUCUGAAAAAGUGCAUCUCUGAAAGCCCAGAAUAGAUUUACUUCAUCACUCCGUGGUUCACUCUGCACCCCCUCUCUCCUAUUGCCGAUGAGCUCCCUCUGGACGGGCGGCGUAGCUGGGCUAGAAAACUCUACACACUGCUGAUAGGGUAAUCUUGCUUCGCCAGCUGGUGCUUAGAUGCCAGUUCGACUCUUUUUGUGUUUUUUUGAACGUGCUUCGAACACAUGGGAUUUCUUUCCAAACAGACUGCUUGACGGAACUUUGGUGGUGCUACAUAUCGACUGUGCCAAAAUACAUAAAAAAAGAAAAAAGAAAAAAAAAGGGCUUCUGGACUUUUUGGGGAAUCGCUUAGGAAUGGUAGUGGAGCAAUUAACACCAACAAGUGUGAGAAUCAGAUUUGUUGCUUUCUUUGUGUGUCUUCAAUGUUAUUGUCAAAAUAUAACAUCCCACAUUAGCUUUGCACUAUCACCGCAGCUAACUGGCUGAAUGUUUCUCCGGUCAGUAGUAUGUAAAUAGCAGGCGUGAUGUGUUUUAAAUAUAGACGCAGAGUGUAAUAACUUGUACUGAUUAAGCUCCUGGCAGCAUAGCAACUUCCAGCUAACAUGAAGCUUUAUAUGGAGGACUCUGAUGUAGCAGUAAAGAAACAUGGAAACCAGAAACUCCUCCGUUUAUCUGACAAUAAUACUUAUCAGUCAUAGGAAAGCACAGUAAUGUCUGAUGUAUCACCAGUCCAAGUGACACACUCAUCACAUACUUUAUAUAUUGUAGGCGAGGCGUAGCAUUCUUCAGUUAUCUAUUUGAUCGUAAUGAGGUGGUGCAUUAAUAUUGAUAGUUCAGGGGAGGUUGAAGCUAACGCCUGUGCGCAUCACCGUGUUUUAUCUUUUCCACAGAAGACUUUGACUGACUCAAGAAAAGAUUAAAGAUGUCAGCAGAGAAACAUUAAAGUAAUUUCCACAGAAAGCAGCACCAUAACGCCAUCUGAUCGCCAUCAGAUACGCCGGGAAAAACCGACAUACACAUACAUGUUUUUUUUUUUUGUUCUUUUGACUCCCUUUGUCUCCACCUGCAGAUUUUACCUCAACAUAACUUAAGCUUUAAAUAUGACUAUUUGAGCCCAACACAGUAAAGAGAGGGUCACUCAGCACUGAACAGAAAUAGCAAAAGUGCCAUGAAAACUGUUAUUAUUCCACAACGAAUUUGACUUAGCUUCUAGAAAAUUCAGACGUAUAUGAAAAUAAAAAAAAUGCUCCGCGCAUUUGUUUACUGUGCAAGGUAGUAGCUAUAUAAAACCGGGCUCUGAAUCAAUUUUCCAUACGCUCACUUUUAAUGUUUAAGUAUAUAAUAAUUGAAAAAUGAUGAAGUCAUUUUUUGGGUCUGUGUUGAUGAAGUGAUUAUUCUGUCAUAUACAAUUCCAGCUCCUGGUUAUUAUUGUUUUUUUUUAAUUAUUAUUAUUAAAGGAAUCUAACCACUCUAAAGCAACACUCCUUUUAUGACUUUUACUUUCGCUAAAACUUUAAAUGCAACCAAAGGUAGUUCACAGACAGAUGGAUAGAAGAUGUUGCCCUUGCUACAGCUUGAAAAUAUAAAAAAACCAAAUACCCCUUCCAAAGACUACAAGCACAGUAAACAAAGACAUCAAUACUCAUUCAGUGAAGUGCACACAAAGAGCGUUCCAGCUAAAUCCUAUCGUGUAAUUCAUCAACUAAUGAAGUGUUACUAAACACAUUCAAAAUUGUUUCUCUGUUCAACAGUCUUAAUCUUGGAGAGAGGCGGCUAAUGGUUUUGGCUUUGAUUUUUGUAAAGACCUUCCAACUCCAAAAACGGUGUAUUUAAGCUAUAGUAAGUUGCUUGAUCUCUAACUUUGCUGUACUGAACUGUAAUUGCGUUUCAUGAGAAUAGGCUGUUCCUGUUUGCCCUUGAUAUUAUCUGUUAACGGGUGGGAGACAUGAAGCAACGUUUGCAUGUAUACAAAUGGACAGGGCUGGCAAACAGCUAUGGUCUUGUGUAUCUCCAGGACAGGAUCGUUAUACCCAAACACUGAAGUGAUCAAUAAACUGAAAUAUAGAGUGUCAGUCGAUGAAAUAAUCAGUUACAUUGUAAAUGUUUACCUGAUAAAAAUGUACACAUUGUAAUACAUCAAUUAAAAGACUUUAGAAACUA